ACGGUCUAAACGGGAGGUGGGGGAGAGGGGGGAGUGUCCGUCCUCGACCCCCCUCCUCUCCCGGGCGGGAUGGUGCGUCCCGUUCCUUUGGAGGGAGGGGCGGCGGGCGCGGCGCCUCCCCGCACAGUGACACACGGACCCGGCGCUGGGAAGAGAAGGAGGCGCCGGCGGCUGCGGAGGGAGCUCUCGGGAGUCGCGGCGGCGGCGGCGGCUGCUGCUGCUGGCUGGGAGCGGAGCCUGCAGCAUGGCCGGGCCCGUCGAGGCAGCCGCUCCCCCCGGCCACCUCUUCCCCUCCUCUCUCGUCUGGCGCCGCCGUCGCCGCUGUUGCUGCCGCCGCCCGGCUCUGCCCGCCUUGCCCGGGUGGCUGUCGCUGGGCUUGCUCCUCUCUCGCGUCUGCUGCGGUGCCUUAGCUGGACCAAUAGUGGAUCCACAUGUGAAAGCAGUGUGGGGGAAGGAUGUAACACUGAAAUGCAUAAUUGAUAUAAAUGAAACAUUAACACAAAUUACCUGGGAGAAGAUCCAUGGAAAGAGUGCACAGACUAUUGCUGUUCAUCAUCCUGAAUAUGGAUUUUCCGUUCAAGGAGAAUAUCAAGGAAGAGUAUCGCUUAAAAAUAAUUCACUUACGGAUGCAUCAAUCACCUUAACAAAUGUUACUUUUUCUGAUUCUGGAGAAUAUGUAUGCAAAGCAGCUACGUUCCCUCUAGGAAACUCCCAGUCAUCAAUAACUGUAGCUGUAUUGGUUGAACCAGUUGUGAGCCUAACAAAGGGACCAAACACUUUAAUAGACGGUGCCAAUCAAACAGUUGCAGCCAUUUGCACAGCAGCCACUGGAAAACCAGCUGCCAAUGUUACCUGGGAGGGAGGUCUUGGUGAAAUGGAAUCCACUUCAACUUCAUAUCCAAAUGAAACUGUGACAGUGGAGAGUCAAUACAAGCUUGUCCCUACCAGGUUUGCUAGAGGAAGACGUAUAACUUGUGUUGUGCGACAUCCAGCUUUGGAAAAGGAGAUAAGACAUUCUUACGUACUAGACAUUCAAUAUUCACCUGAAGUUACAGUAACUGGGUAUGAUGGCAACUGGUAUAUUGGCCGAGAGAAUGUUUUACUUAGAUGUAAUGCUGAUGCAAAUCCACUACCAAUGGCGUUCACGUGGAGUCGGUUGGAUGGACAAUGGCCUGCAGGUUUACAGCCUUUAAAUAACACCCUACAUUUUCUCAGUCCAUUGACUUACAAUUAUACUGGAACUUAUGUUUGUAAAGUGGCCAAUUCUCUUGGCCAAAGAAGUGAUCAAAAGACUAUCUACAUACUAGAUGUUCCAUUUAAGCAGUCGUCAUCUGUAGCUGUAGCAGGGGCUGUUAUAGGAGCUGUUCUUGCUCUCUUUAUCAUUACAAUUUUUGUGACGGUACUACUGACUCCCAGAAAGAAAAGACCCUCCUACCUGGACAAAGUAAUUGAUCUUCCUCCAACACACAAGCCUUCAUCUUUGUAUGAAGAAAGAACUCACUCCUUAUCUCAGAAAGAAAUAAUUCUUCCAAAAGAGCACUUCUCAGUGCAGAAUCAAUUUAGAGACAAGGAUGUUGGAAAUAUGCAGCAUAAAAAGAUAGCAAACUGCAGGCAGUUAACCUAUGAUGAUGAAAAUCUUUUGGCUCAAGACAGUCAUCAACAAAUAUACCCAACUUACAAGAAAAUGAAUUGCAAAGACUGGAGCAAUAAGAAGCAUCAAAAUCCAGACAAUGGAAGAGUUUACAUCAACCCUCGGGAACAUUAUGUGUGACUGAGUUAGAACCCCUUACAGACUAACCACGUUGAUUUCCUUUUAUUUUAGAGUUCAGUGUUUUUUUUAUUUUGCUGUUUUUCUUUUCAAAAAAUCAGAAAUGCUUAAAGCAGCGAGGGGGUGGUGAUUAUACUUUAUAAGUACAUUGGCCACAACCAUUUCUUCUAACUCCAUGUUUCCUAAUCAUGUUAGUUAAUUCCUUUGUAGAUUAGGUAUACAUAUGAGUUGAGAUUACCACCCCAUAGCCCUUCUUCUGAAUUCUUUCUUCCUUAAGCAUAUGGGCUUAAUGAGCUAAUGUGACUGCUUCUGGAAAUCGUCCUUUGUCAUUCUUCUGCUCAUAAAAGAGCAUUAUUGAAUCUGCCUUAAUGUUUGCUACUACAAAAUAGCAUUGGUGUGCCUACUACAUAGAAGAGAAGACAAUUUCUGCUAUUCCCCCUCCAUUUAUGACUGUUCCCUGACCCUCAGAAACAAAACAAAGUGGACGCGGGUUCAUCUGUCAGAGAUCUCCAUAACUUGAUGACAAGACACGGCAUUGCAUCAUGCAUUUUGUAGCAACUGGUGUUGCUGACAGAAAAAGUGAAGCAAAAUAUAUGCCGCUGGUUUUACCAGCAGUCUUACAUACUCAAUUUCAGUAAUUGUUUUGUCUCCUUUUAUAAUGCAGACAUGCUGCCUAUUUAAUUGGCAAUAUGUGUCCUCUCAUUGAUUAGCAUUUAUUCUAGAUAAUUGAUGGAAUAACCAUUUGUGCACAAGCGAAACAGCAUAGCUUCAUGGACCACGGCUUUGAUUUUUAAGUUUGAGAUGGAUGCUCUUUUGCUUAAACCUAGUUUUCUUAGUCUUGCCAGAAAUACUAAUUUAGCCAUGCGAGAAAUACCAGUUUAGUUUGCUUAGCCAUUCUAGAAAUACCAGCUUAAGUAUUUGAAAAUAAUAUGGCCUUAUGCUACAACAAGAAUAAAAUCAGCAUCCGGUCCCAAAAACAAUGACCAACAAUAAUGCAUGUUUUUGUUUUUAUUGUGUUCUGUGGAUGAAGGUGGGAAACGGUUUAGCCUGCGCCUCUGUGAGAACGAGAGCUGCUUCAAUAUUUGCCAUACUAUGUAUUGUUCAUUAAUCCUUUUGGUCCAAUUAUGUGUAAUUCUCUAGUUGUAAAGCUCUCCCACGUUCAACCUUUUCAUAUGCCUUGUAAGAUGCAUCAAACAAUUAUUUGUUUUUUUCCCCCUUCUCGAGCACUGCUUACCUUUAUCUAUUGUGCCUUUUAAUUUUUCAACCUUCAAACAUAACUGGGGUGUUCUGUCAUGCUGCCAAAACAGGAGAAGGUGCUGGUGGGAGAAAUGUUGAUUGUUCUGCAAGCCUACGCGUCUUUUGAUUUUCUGCUUGUUGAGUAGUGCUGUGUUAAAACGUUUCAUGGGGGUCAUGGAAAUAUAAAUAGGACUUUGGAAAGAGUAUCAAGUAUAUUGCUCAAAGUAAGUAAAAGAAUAAAUUGCAAGUAACAUUGAAAUGCAAAUUGUAUACUAAUAUGUAGCUUUUACAUAAAGUGGGUAGAUGCAUUAAUAACUCCACCUGUAAAAACAGAAUGGGAUUUCGGUGAUUCAUACAGAGGUGUAGCUUGCCUUACUUUUAAAUUUGCCUACGCAAUUUGCUGGUAGUAUGAGUGCACAGCUUGAACAAAUAGGUGGGUUUGGGGUAAGGAAGAGACUAUAUAACAGAAUAUGAAGUAUCAAAAAUAAUUGAAUAGUUAAGUUUUAAAAUGCUAUAGUGAGAUGUUUACAGAAGAGUGUGCAGCAGCUAGAAAUGGUACCACUGCACCACUUCCAAAGGGGUUUCAGGUAGCAUGGGAAGUCCAAUGAACAAACAAAAAAACCUUCAGCUGCCUGAAAAAUCCCCAUUGGAUAAAAGAACUUACACUAUACUUUCCGAUGCCAUAGUCUGUAGUCAGGGAGGAAGGCCUUCACCUGGCCCACUAUUCCACUGUCUGUUGUGCCACCAUGCUCUCUUACGCCAUUCCAGUUUCAAAGCAUUGUGCACCCACUGGCGUCUUUGCUGUCUGCACCAGUGUAGAUGCCCCUUACACUGGUGGAGUGGGCAAACAUGCCAGCAUGGGCCCCUAUCACUCCACAACCCAUUUCACCCUCCCCCCCCCCCCAUCUCAAUUGGGUUCUUUCAGUAUUAUGCUUGAAUUAUAAGUGGUCAUAUUUUUGUAGCUUGGGUGUGUAAUAUCAAUUCUAAAAAAAUAAUGUAGCUUUUUAUAUUUUAAUGUUGUGAAGUUCAAACAGUUCAAAGAAGUUUUGCAUGGAAGAUUACAAUUUUCCUUCAACUAUUCUGUGUAUAUGCAGAAGAAUUAAUGUUGCAUUUUUGUGCUGUAAACAAAACUAAUUAUAGUUCACAAUCCUGAAAGGGAGCUGGAUACCAGGUGUCCCAAAAUGAAUUCUCAUCAAUCCUGUCUUCCCAACAAUCGCUGCCGAUGAUGGAAAGCAGCAAACAGCAAAUGUUGUGAUUACUGUGGUAGAACUAUAAACCUUAGGAACUGUUUUGAGUCUGUCUAACAAUAUUCAGGACAGGAAUGAUGGGAAGAAUUGUUCCCCUAGUUUGUGGCCUGGAUGUUGACAAGCAUACUUUCAGCAGCAGCUAAGGUCUGACACAGGCAUUACAGCAGAGGUUUUUCUCUAAGCUUUCCGUGCUACCUUCCAGGUACACUUAGGAAAAGGAAAUGGAGGCUUGGUGGGCUGUACCAUCACUUAACAAAACUUGUGGGCAUUUUUCAGAGCAGGCAGCCAAGUAGGGCAGAGGCAUCUGUGUGGCCCACGGAAAUAGUGGAGGGGAGGGGUAGACCUGCAUUGCCUUCAUCAGCUGCAACCCACCCCCAGAAGAGCCUGCAGCCAGCCUAUGCUGUGGGCCCCCGCCUUCUCCCACCAUGACACAUUGCUGGCUUGGAGCCAGCAAAAGGACUUUCUACUUUCUCACGGCCCUAUGCUUCCAAUGGCGCUUCAGAUUUGAGUCCAGGUGAAUCUGUGAUUGAUGCUUUUUGACUCAGUUCCAAGUUCUUACUAGUGUUCUGAAAAACUUGUGUUCAAAGAGUUUGAUAAUCAAUGUGAACCACAUUUAAAAUCUUUAAGUAAGCCUAUGUUAUCAUUGGGAAAUAACUUUUCAUGAUAUCCUAAUUUAUAAAGGAUUCUUGGAUGGAUAUUUUUACAUCUCAACUUUAUUAUUGUCACUUUACAUUAUUCACUUUUGGUUUGACUAGAUGCGCCAGAUUUAGUUCUGUGUUAAUGGUAAGAUUCUGUUUCAGUUAUUCUCCAUGUAUUAUCCUGUUCAUUUUGGUAAGAUAUACACAAUCCCAGUUUCAUGAAUGCUCAGAUGUAAAUCCUAGAAGGAACUUCCUUCAGAAGUGUGAAUGCAAAACAGGUUGUGAGAUUCCAGUUGUGAAGGCAAAUGCAAAAUGGAGCAUAUGUUUAAAAAACUAUUUGAAGAGUGUGAAAUGUAAUAUUUAGAACAUCAACCUAUAGUUACAGCUGGAAUGCUUAAAUCUGGCUUCAAAGUGUUAGGUAUUCAAACUCAACAGGUUUUGUAGCCUGCUUAAUCUGUAGAGUAAAAUUUGCCUCCUUUGGAAAUUGUUCUCUCCUAAGGUUAAAGAUUAGUUAAUACUUGAGGUAGGCCAUUGGUUGUCCUGUCCUAUCACUUUGUAAUCAUAUUGUGAAGAUAAUCUAAAUAAAGGUGAUUGCCUAACUUUGGGAGGAAAA